AUGCCCCCCAAACCUGGCCGCCUUGCUUCCAUUCUCCGUCCAUGGGGCCUGAUCUGGUUUUCCAUUUGCCCUGGCAAUUUUAUCGCUUACGAAGACACAACCAUUGUUCCCUCGCUCGUACAAGCCGCUAGCGGCGUUGUUCUCGAACUGGGCCCUGGGCCAGGCAAUCAGAUUCAUCGUUACGAUACCUCUCUUGUCAAACAGGUCUAUGGUGUUGAACCGAACCCCCACUUUGGAAAAGACAUCAAUGCCAACUUGGACAAGCAUACUCUGCGGGAUAGGUAUAAGCUUAUAGUUUGUGGCGUUGAAGAUAGCGAUGUUCUGAGAGAAGAGGGAAUCACGGACGGGAGUUUGGAUGCCGUGCUAUGCAUCCAGGUCCUGUGUGCCGUAAAGGAUCCAAAGAACGUGAUGAAGGAGGUGUGGAAGCUGCUCAGACCUGGGGGCAAGUUUAUCUUCUGGGAACACGGAUGGAGCAGAGACCGUUUGACGACUGUAGCGCAAGCUUGCUGGAAUCCUGCCUGGAGCACAUUUGUCGGAUGUCAUUUGACCCGGAAUGUGUUGGCGGACAUUCUCGAUUGUGGAGAGUGGGAAAAUCCGCACCAGAUCGAAGAACCUGAAGAACCGUUUAGUUUGCUGCCUAGGAUUCAGGGUGUGCUUGUCAAGAAGAAGGUCUAAUUAGACCCUGAUAAGAGCAAGUCCACUCACUCUCUGGUGGUCAUAUCGAGUUAGAAAAGGAAAACAUUGUAUCAUGAAUAGUAUACUAUUCGUGAGACUCG